AGCGCUCCAGAGUGUAGACCUAAAAAGGGAAGGCAGCAGCCGGUAGACGUUAUACUUAGGACCUAAACACAAGUAACUUGGUUAUAAAGGCUAACAACAGCAGAGGUCCCUGGGAUAUCGCCUUCGGAGACUUUCCGGUCACCGUUGGCGGACUGACCAGAGUCGUGGUGGCAAUUUAAAGGCUGUUCCUGCUCACAAAGCGGCGUGCCGAGGAAGGACGCGUCUCUUUCAAUACACAGGAUGCACGGACCGCCCUCCGGCGACAGCGCAUGCCCAUUGCGCACGAUCAAGAGAGUUCAGUUCGGCAUCAUCAGCCCAGAUGAGCUUAAACGGAUGUCCGUUACAGAAGGGGGAAUCAAGUACCCCGAAACAACAGAAGGUGGACGCCCUAAACUUGGUGGCCUUAUGGACCCAAGACAAGGGGUCAUAGAACGAACUGGAAGAUGUCAGACAUGUGCAGGCAACAUGACGGAGUGCCCUGGCCACUUUGGGCACAUAGAACUGGCAAAGCCAGUUUUCCACGUUGGCUUCGUAACAAAGAUAAUGAAGGUUCUUCGAUGUGUUUGUUUCUUCUGUUCAAAGCUGUUGGUGGAUUCGACCAAUCCAAAGAUCAAAGAUAUCCUGAUAAAAUCGAAAGGGCAGCCCAGGAAACGUUUGACACACGUGUACGAGCUGUGCAAAGGAAAAAAUAUUUGUGAAGGAGGAGAGGAGAUGGACAACAAAUUUGGAAUGGAACAGCAGGAGACUGAAGAGGACAUUACCAAGGAGAAGGGCCACGGUGGAUGUGGGCGCUACCAGCCACGCAUCAGACGCUCCGGCUUGGAGCUGUAUGCUGAGUGGAAGCACGUUAAUGAGGAUUCGCAAGAAAAGAAAAUCCUGCUGAACCCCGAGCGCGUGCACGAGAUCUUUAAGCGCAUCUCGGAUGAAGAGGACGUCAUCUUGGGCAUGGACCCCAAGUUUGCCCGACCAGAAUGGAUGAUUGUCACUGUGUUGCCCGUGCCUCCACUGGCUGUCAGGCCUGCUGUAGUUAUGCAGGGCUCCGCUCGAAACCAGGAUGACUUGACCCACAAGCUGGCCGACAUCGUCAAAAUCAACAACCAGCUGAGAAGAAACGAGCAGAGUGGCGCCGCAGCGCACGUCAUAGCUGAAGAUGUCAAACUGCUCCAGUUUCAUGUUGCGACCAUGAUUGACAACGAAUUGCCAGGCCUACCAAGGGCAAUGCAAAAGUCUGGUCGCCCUCUCAAAUCCUUAAAACAGCGUCUAAAGGGGAAGGAGGGGCGAGUCCGAGGUAACCUCAUGGGCAAGCGUGUGGACUUCUCUGCACGAACUGUCAUCACCCCAGACCCCAUGCUGCAAAUCGACCAAGUGGGCGUACCACGAUCCAUUGCGGCCAAUAUGACCUUUCCAGAAAUAGUCACACCCUUUAAUAUUGACAGAUUACAAGAGCUGGUGCGAAGAGGCAACAGCCAGUACCCGGGAGCCAAAUACAUCAUUCGUGACAAUGGAGACAGAAUUGACCUGCGAUUCCACCCAAAACCAAGUGACCUUCACCUGCAAAUUGGCUACAAGGUGGAAAGACACAUGUGUGACGGUGACAUCGUCAUCUUUAACAGACAACCUACACUUCAUAAAAUGUCCAUGAUGGGGCACAGGGUGCGGAUUCUGCCAUGGUCCACGUUUCGACUCAACCUCAGUGUCACCACUCCAUACAAUGCUGACUUUGACGGGGAUGAGAUGAACCUCCACCUGCCUCAAUCCCUCGAGACGAGGGCAGAGAUUCAGGAGCUGGCCAUGGUGCCGCGUAUGAUCGUCACACCCCAGUCCAACAGGCCCGUCAUGGGUAUCGUGCAGGACACCCUCACGGCCGUCCGCAAGUUCACCAAACGAGAUGUCUUCUUAGAGCGGGGGGAAGUGAUGAACCUCCUCAUGUUCCUCUCCACUUGGGACGGGAAAGUGCCUCAGCCGGCUAUCAUCAAGCCCCGUCCUAUGUGGACAGGCAAGCAGAUCUUCAGCCUAAUCAUUCCCGGACACAUCAACGUGAUCCGCACACACAGCACACAUCCGGACGAGGAAGACAGUGGCCCUUACAAGCACAUCUCACCUGGGGACACCAAGGUCGUAGUGGAGAACGGCGAGUUGAUCAUGGGAAUCCUGUGUAAGAAAUCUCUGGGAACCUCAGCCGGCUCCCUCGUCCACAUCUCCUACCUGGAGAUGGGCCACGACAUCACCAGACUCUUCUACUCCAACAUUCAGACUGUGGUCAACAACUGGCUGCUCAUCGAGGGUCAUUCCAUUGGUAUUGGUGACUCUAUUGCUGAUGCCAAGACCUACCUUGACAUCCAGAACACCAUCAAGAAAGCCAAACAGGAUGUGAUAGAAGUCAUCGAGAAAGCCCACAACAACGAGCUGGAGCCGACCCCCGGUAACACACUGAGGCAGACCUUUGAGAACCAGGUGAAUCGUAUCCUCAACGAUGCUCGUGACAAAACGGGAUCCUCAGCCCAGAAGUCUCUGUCUGAAUACAACAACUUCAAGUCCAUGGUGGUGGCUGGUUCUAAGGGAUCAAAGAUUAACAUCUCACAGGUUAUUGCCGUGGUGGGGCAGCAGAACGUGGAGGGUAAACGAAUCCCCUUUGGCUUCAAACACCGCACGCUGCCUCACUUCAUCAAGGAUGAUUACGGUCCUGAGAGUAGAGGCUUUGUGGAGAACUCCUACCUGGCUGGCCUGACUCCAACAGAGUUCUUCUUCCACGCCAUGGGAGGCAGAGAGGGUCUUAUCGAUACAGCUGUCAAGACUGCUGAGACUGGUUACAUCCAGCGGCGUCUGAUCAAGUCUAUGGAGUCGGUGAUGGUGAAGUACGACGGCACGGUGCGUAACUCCAUCAACCAGGUGGUUCAGUUGCGUUACGGUGAGGACGGCCUGGCAGGAGAGAACGUUGAGUUCCAAAACGUGGUGACACUCAAACCCUCGCACAAGGCCUUUGAAAAGAAGUUCAGGUUUGAUUGCACCAAUGAGCGAGCGCUGAGGCGGAUACUGCAGGAGGACGUCGUGAAAGACGUGCUGACCAAUGCCCAUGUGCAGGGAUCCCUGGAAAAGGAAUUUGACAAGAUGAAGGAGGACAGAGAGGUCCUCCGAGCCAUUUUCCCCACCGGGGACAGCAAGGUGGUGCUGCCAUGCAACCUGGCCAGGAUGAUCUGGAACGCUCAGAAGAUCUUCCGUAUCAACAUUCGAACCCCAACAGACCUCAAUCCUCUCAGGGUGGUCGAGGGUCUUCAGGAUCUGAGUAAGAAGCUGGUGAUUGUGAAUGGUGAAGACCCGCUCAGUCGACAGGCGCAGCAGAACGCCACUCUGCUCUUCAACAUCCACCUGCGUGCCACACUCUGCUCUAAGCGCAUGACCGAGGAGUUCCGCCUUUCCACAGAGGCUUACGACUGGCUGCUGGGGGAGAUUGAGACCAAAUUCAACCAGUCCAUCGCUCACCCGGGUGAAAUGGUUGGUGCUCUGGCUGCUCAGUCUCUGGGAGAGCCGGCCACCCAGAUGACCCUGAACACUUUCCACUACGCCGGUGUGUCGGCCAAGAACGUGACGCUCGGUGUGCCUCGACUAAAGGAGUUGAUCAACAUCUCCAAGAGGCCCAAAACGCCCUCGCUGACGGUGUUCCUGUUGGGUCAGGCCGCCCGCGAUGCUGAGAGGGCCAAGGACAUCCUCUGUCGGCUGGAGCACACCACGCUGCGAAAGGUGACGGCCAACACCGCCAUCUACUACGACCCCAACCCCCAAAACACUGUGGUGGCCGAGGACCAGGAGUGGGUGAACGUCUACUACGAGAUGCCCGACUUUGACGUGACGCGCAUUUCCCCCUGGCUGCUGCGCAUCGAGCUCGACCGCAAGCACAUGACCGAUCGCAAACUGACUAUGGAGCAGAUCGCAGAGAAGAUCAACGCAGGUUUUGGAGAUGACCUGAACUGUAUUUUCAAUGACGACAACGCAGAGAAGCUCGUUCUGCGAAUCAGAAUCAUGAACAGUGAUGAGAAUAAGUUCCAAGAGGAUGAGGAGGUGGUGGAUAAAAUGGAUGAUGACGUGUUCUUGAGGUGCAUCGAAUCCAACAUGCUGACAGACAUGACCCUACAAGGCAUUGAGCAGAUCAGCAAGGUGUACAUGCACUUGCCCCAGACUGACAAUAAGAAGAAGAUCAUCAUCACGGAGGAAGGUGAGUUCAAGGCCCUGCAGGAGUGGAUCCUCGAGACAGACGGCGUGAGCCUCAUGAGGGUCCUCAGCGAGAAGGACGUAGAUCCCGUCAGGACCACCUCCAACGACAUUGUGGAGAUCUUCACGGUCUUGGGAAUUGAGGCAGUGCGAAAGGCUCUGGAGAGGGAGUUGAACCACGUCAUCUCCUUUGACGGCUCCUAUGUCAACUACCGUCACUUGGCCCUGCUGUGUGACACCAUGACCUGCCGCGGUCACCUGAUGGCCAUCACGCGUCACGGCAUCAACCGUCAAGACACAGGACCACUCAUGAAGUGUUCCUUUGAGGAGACGGUGGAUGUGUUGAUGGAGGCGUCAUCCCAUGCCGAGAGUGACCCCAUGAAGGGUGUGUCGGAGAACAUCAUGCUUGGCCAGCUCGCCCCUGCUGGUACAGGAUGCUUCGACCUGCUGUUGGAUGCGGAGAAGUGUAAAUACGGCAUGGAGAUCCCUACGAAUAUUCCUGGCAUCAGCGUGGCCGGACCCAGUGGAAUGUUCUUCGGCACGGUGCCGAGUCCCAUGAGCGGCAUGUCGCCUGCCAUGACCCCGUGGAACACCGGAGCAACGCCGGCCUACGGUGCCUGGUCUCCCAGCGUCGGAAGCGGCAUGACCCCCGGAGCAGCCGGUUUCUCUCCCAGUGCAGCGUCGGACGCAAGCGGCUUCUCUCCAGGCUAUUCCCCGGCCUGGUCUCCCACUCCUGGGUCUCCAGGGUCCCCGGGACCUGCCAGCCCGUACAUCCCGUCUCCAGGUGGAGCCAUGUCACCCAACUACUCCCCCACCUCCCCGGCCUACGAGCCUCGCUCCCCCGGAGGCUACACCCCACAGAGCCCCGGCUACUCCCCAACAUCACCCUCCUACUCCCCCACUUCUCCCUCUUACUCCCCGACCAGCCCCAACUACAGCCCGACAUCUCCCUCCUACUCACCCACCUCGCCCAGUUACUCCCCGACGUCUCCGUCCUAUUCGCCCACGUCUCCGUCUUACUCCCCGACCUCCCCCUCCUACUCCCCGACCUCCCCCUCCUACUCCCCCACAUCCCCCUCCUACUCUCCCACCUCGCCGAGCUACAGCCCUACAUCGCCGAGCUACAGCCCGACGUCGCCCAGCUACUCGCCCACCUCACCUUCCUACUCCCCCACCUCCCCCUCUUAUUCUCCAACCUCUCCGUCUUACUCCCCCACCUCCCCGUCCUACUCGCCCACCUCUCCCUCCUACUCGCCGACUAGCCCGAGCUACAGCCCAACAUCGCCGAACUACACGCCCACCUCACCCAGUUAUUCCCCCACUUCUCCUUCCUACUCCCCUACAUCGCCCUCUUAUUCCCCAACCUCCCCCAAUUACACCCCGACCAGCCCCAACUACUCCCCCACCUCUCCGUCUUACUCCCCCACCUCUCCGUCCUACUCCCCCUCCAGCCCACGUUUCACCCCGCAGUCGCCCACCUACACACCCAGCUCCCCCUCAUACAGCCCCAGCUCUCCCUCCUACUCCCCCACCUCCCCCAAAUACACCCCAACUUCCCCCUCAUACAGCCCCAGUUCCCCGGAGUACACCCCCACCUCUCCCAAGUACUCCCCGACAUCGCCAAAGUACUCCCCGACAUCGCCGAAGUACUCGCCAACUUCCCCUACUUACUCACCAACAACUCCAAAAUACAGCCCCACUUCUCCUACCUACUCCCCCACCUCGCCCACAUACACCCCCACCAGCCCCAAAUACUCCCCUACCUCCCCUACUUACUCCCCAACUUCACCCAAGUACUCACCCACGUCUCCUACGUACUCGCCCACUAGUCCUAAAGGCUCCACGUACAGCCCCACCUCCCCUGGAUACAGCCCCACCUCCCCCACCUACAGCCCGGCCAUCAGCCCAGACGACAGCGACGAGGAGAAUAACUGAUGAGCCGCGGAGGAGAAGGGGGGGGGGGGCGGCUGAAGAAAGCAGUCACCUCACGGUGGACACUUGAAGGAGCCCCGUCACCUCGUGGGUGAACACCUGAAGGACAGCACCUUUAACCAGCUGGAGGUGGCUGUGCUUCUUGCCACAGGGGUCCUAAUUGGGAUUGUUCUCCUUUGGGACCUCUGUUAUGCUCCUGUCUUUACCAUCAGACCCCCACCAACCCCCCUUUACCACAAGAAAUAAUUAAAACUAUUGUGUGAAAGACUUGACUGCUCUGCCUGAAGGCAAAUAAGGCUGCCUUUUGAAAUAGUUUUUUUUUUUUUAAAUUUUCACACGAGGUGUUGGGGCAAAUCCCAAGAGGGAACGAAAAGGAGAGGAAGAUGUGAGCACAUAACGGGGAGAAAAGGUCCCUUUUUAACUUAAUAAUGUACUGCAUCCAGUCUCUCUCUCUCAUUCUCUAAAUGUUGGGUGUAUAGUUGUGGAAAGCGUACAUAUUGCCAAAAGCCUUUUGAAAAGAGGAUUGAAUUCAUCACUAAAGCAUAAGCUCCGAAGAAAAUCAAGGAGGUAAAGUUUAGACUUUACUGCCUAUUUCAUCUAGUCAGACCGUUGCUGCUUUUGUAAAAGUACAGUUGCUGCCUUUGGGGCUAUUUUGUGGAUCAAAGAAGGAGCUUUCGGUGUUGGAUACGGUAGAAUGGUUGGGUCAGAUUGUCCAAAGGAGAAAGUUGGACGGUCAGCAGAAAUACAUGCAUGAUAGGAGAGAGAGAAACUGGCUUGCAGGAAACUGAAAUGUCACUCUUGAACAUCGAUAACUACGAAGGUGUAUGUACACCAUCAUCGCCCUCCCCUCUUCGCCUUCAAGCUCCAAAGACAAAACCUGAAAGAUGUCAUGAAACACCCACCAGCAUCUUCUAGUCCGAUACCAUUUGGAGACUUGUGCAUCGAAAGCAAAAAAAACAACACUUUUCCAGAUAAAAGUCAAAUUCCUUGACACUGGAAAUUUAAAGAUUUAUAUUGGGGGGGGGGGGGGAAUUAAAUAAAUGAUUAUUCUGUCUUUAAUUUUGUUUCUAGAAGGAAAUGGGGCACACGUGGCCGAGGGACACUAGUUUGGCGUUGCUGCUUCUGUCAUUGUUUGCAUGAGUAGCACAUGUUAAUACAUUUUAUUCAAGCUUUAGGUUUAAAUUUUGUGGACUCCCUCCCACGUCUCGCUAAUCUCGGUCCCAUUUCUGAUAGCUGACGUGUACACAGGUUUAUUUGGACUAUUCAAUUUAUUUAAGAAAGAAAGUUAAAUACUAUUCUGUGUGAAUAUGGAUAGAGGAAAACUACGAUUUUUUUUAAAUUUGUGUUUUUUCGGCUUUUCUCGUUUUGCUUUUGGUGACUGUAACUCUGUUUGCAGCCUCAUGUUUGUAUACUGUGGAUGAAGGGGGGCGGGGGAGGGGGCCGGAGAGGAGUGCUUUUUUUCCUUCUUUUUUACCGUUGUCCCCGUUCUCCUCACCCGUUUGAGCCUCUUUGUAUUAACGCAUUGCAUGAUGUCCCAGUUGAAGGUAGAGUUCGAGGGGGGGGUCGAAGAGGGCAACAUUUGUCCUGCUGCUGGCCUUUUUUCUUUUCACCGGCAUUGAACAGUUUAUUUCUUUUGAGCAGAGUGUCCAGAGGAACAGCACUUUUGGCCUCUCUGUUACAAAAAAAACAACAACAACAACACAAAUAUCCUUACCCACUACAUUAGUGCGAACUUUCUUUUUGAAUAUGGGUGCUUUCUCACGCGGCUCCACCUGGUUUGAUUGUGUCGGGGAACCGUCUGUACACCAGAUGAUGAUGAUGAUGAUGAUGAUGGAGACAGGAGAAAAAAAGUCCUGUCCCUCCUCGCUCAAUUUGACGCGGUUUCUGAAUUGAUCGGACUAGCUGGGUCUCCCUCUUCCCUCUUCAUCCACAAGCGAGCCGCAUUUCUGAAAUCAGUGUUUCUUUUUUCUACCAAUGUAUGUACUAGUGACGAGGGGGAAUCAUAUGAGGGGAGGGGAGGGGAGGGGAGGGGGGGGGGACGUAUUGGAUCUGACUGGGAGUCCUGAGGCGAUGAAACGCAGCCAGUAAUCUUUUGGGUUUUGUUCUGAAAAUGUUUAAAUGAUUUGUCAUGACUUUGUGAAACAACAUUGCUUCCGAGAUGGUCGUGAAUUGAAAGGAACGCCAUCUUCUAGUCUUUUUGAGACGAAGCGGGUUUGGUAAAUGCACUUCUAGAUAUCGUGGUGGACCCCCGCAGACGUUGUGAUAGUUUGUCCACCAUGUGUGCAUCUAAUCCUGUUGUCUUAACUGUGUGCUGUCCGGUCAAUUCAGGACAUCGGGGCUCCCAGGUUGUAUGAAUGUGUGUGUGUGUGUGUGUGUGCGUCUGAGGGCCAGACAGGGUUUCAAACUGAGGAAAGACUUCACAUGUCUGGGCAAAGGAACGUUUCACUUGAAAUUGCCACUGUAUAAAAAUCAAUUCAUUAUCUCACUCUGUAUCUUUGUUCUGUUUGUUUUUUGACUUGGAAAAACAAAAAUAAAAGUUUUACUACGUG